UCGAGCCCUGCCUCGCCUGCACCAGCGCUUGGCUGCAGACCGGCUGCCUGUGGGGACCAGCCCUGCUCUGGAAGAGAGAGGUUUCCACCCAGCUGGCCAAGCAUCUCUUGUUCCGCGUGAGCUGAAUCUGCUCGCUCAGGGGAGUAAGAUGGCUCAGGAGGGGCGAUUCCUGGCAUGGCUGCUGCUGGUGGCCCUGAGCCUGCUGGGCUGCGGAUGCAGAGCGGAACGGGACUGCAGAGUGAGCAGCUUCAAAGUCAAGGAGAACUUCGACAAGGCUCGAUAUUCUGGCACCUGGUACGCCAUGGCCAAGAAAGACCCCACGGGGCUGUUCCUGCAGGACAACGUGGUAGCCACGUUUACUGUAGAUGAGAACGGACAAAUGAGCGCUACCGCCAAGGGCAGAGUCCGGCUGUUCAAUAACUGGGAUGUCUGUGCUGAUAUGGUGGGCUCCUUCACUGACACUGAGGAUCCUGCCAAGUUCAAGAUGAAGUACUGGGGGGUAGCCUCUUUUCUCCAGAAGGGAAAUGAUGAUCACUGGGUGGUCGACACAGAUUAUGACACUUACGCCCUUCAUUAUUCCUGCCGCCUACUAAAUGAUGAUGGCACAUGUGCUGAUAGUUACUCCUUUGUGUUCUCCCGGGACCCAAAGGGAUUGCCACUAGAGGCACAGAGAAUUGUCAGACAAAGACAGGUCGACCUCUGCUUGGACAGAAAAUACAGACUUAUUAUACAUAAUGGAUUCUGCUCUUGAGGAGUUUUGAAACUAUGGAAACAAAUCAUGUAACAUCAAUGCGGAUGUAAAGUUUACAGAGUGACUAUGUUAACCUUUAAAACAGCUUCUCAGACUUAAAAUAUAUUUAUCUGAGCUCUGUAGCUCACCCUGUCAAUAAACCAAUGAAACUUUUAAUAAA